UGGCCUCUCCAUCCUCUGCACAACGUUCAGUCUCGCUCUCCUCGCACCGGUGUACGGUGCUCGCGAUUGCUUUCGGGUGUCCUUUGGCGUGCUCGUCAGGUACAAGGUCGCGGGUGCGUCGGAAACGUCGCGUCCUAUGUUAACAGCAUAGUGCGCGAUGUGCUCGUCUUGACGGCGAGAUUCUCGACAUCAACGGUGUUUUGUAAAGAGACUGCAAAAGAGACGAAAAAUGGAUUGGGAGAACCGAACGGUGUCACUGCUGCUUUGCCUAAGUAUUCUACUCGCGACGAUUCAUAACGGCAAUGCCGAGCGUAAGAUCGUAUGUUAUUACACGAACUGGUCCAUUUAUCGACCGGGAACCGCCAAGUUUUCGCCUCAAAACAUCAAUCCGUAUUUAUGCACCCACUUGAUCUACGCUUUCGGCGGGUUCACCAAGGACAAUGCUUUGAAACCAUUCGACAAGUAUCAAGAUAUCGAGAAAGGUGGAUACGCCAAGUUCACCGGUUUAAAAACGUACAACAAAAAUUUGAAAACCUUAUUGGCCAUCGGUGGUUGGAACGAAGGCUCGAGCAGGUUCUCACCAAUGGUAGCCGACCCUGGCAGAAGGCGAGAAUUCGUCAAGAACGCGAUCAAGUUUCUUCGAAAGAAUCAUUUCGAUGGUCUCGAUCUCGAUUGGGAAUAUCCCGCGUUUAGAGACGGUGGAAAGCCUCGGGACAAGGACAAUUACGCCAACCUGGUGCAGGAACUGAGGGAGGAGUUCGAGAGGGAGGCUUCGAAGACCGGAAAGCCGAGACUUUUGCUCACGUUGGCGAUGCCAGCCGGCAUCGAGUACAUCGACAAAGGUUACGAUAUACCCAGAUUGAACGAAUACUUGGAUUUCGUCAAUCUCCUCUCCUACGAUUACCAUUCGUCCUACGAACCUGCGGUCAAUCACCACGCCCCCCUCUAUCCCCUGGAGGAGGACAACGAGUACAACUACGACACCGAAUUGACGAUCGACUACACCGUUAAUUAUCUGCUGAAGAAAGGUGCCACCUCGGAGAAGAUAAUUCUAGGGAUUCCCACGUAUGGAAGAUCCUACACGCUUUUCAAUCAAGACGCCACCGAUCUAGGAUCACCGGCAGAUGGCCCAGGAAUCGAAGGCGACGCUACUCGAGAGAAAGGCUAUCUUGCUUAUUACGAGAUUUGCGAGAGCUUGGCGCAGUCGGACGAGUGGGAAGUGGUCGAACCUAAUCGUGACGCGAUGGGCCCUUACGCGUUCAAAGGGGAUCAAUGGGUAGGUUACGACGACGAGGAUAUAGUGAGAUUAAAGGCGAGAUACGUGAACGAGAAAAAGUUGGGAGGAAUAAUGUUCUGGACGAUCGACAACGACGAUUUCCGGGGGAAAUGUCACGAUCGGCCGUAUCCCCUGAUCGAAGCGGCGAAAGAGAGCCUCCUGUCCGACGCCACGGACACCGUUAGGAAGUCGAAGCCGGUCGAGGGCCGCAAGAAGUCUCGGGUCCAAGGGACUCGAAGCGACACAGAGAGAAGGAAAAAUGGCGGACGAGGCGGCACAACUGCGACACCUGUCUCGAAAAAUCGAAUUCCCACUUCUUCUUCGCGGCCGAGAUAUCGAACGUUCACGCGGCCGAGAGCGAGCGAACAGGACGAGGAGGAAGGGCGAGUCGAUAGACGAUCCUACGAUCCUACGUCCGAGGACGAGGAGAAGCAGGGGAGGGAGGAGGAAGAGGAAAAUUCGGAGAGGGGGAACGCGGUUAACGGGGCGAACAAGCGCGAGAGAUCUAGAGAUAGGAAGAAGAGUAGGGGGGCGAAAAAUCGAUCGAGUUCGAACAGGAAUCGCAGAAAGCAAGUUCGUCGUAAAGAAGAGGGCAACAAUGGCCUCGAUUCGAAGGAAGAAUCGUUGAGUAAUAAACUGACUACCCCGGAACCCCCGACCACUCCCGAUCCUGGAACAGAUUUCAAGUGCGAGGACGAAGGAUUUUUCUCCCACCCUCGAGACUGCAAAAAAUAUUUCUGGUGCUUGGACAGCGGCCCGGGAGGUUUGGGAGUGGUUGCGCAUCAGUUCACCUGCCCUUCCGGAUUGGUGUUCAACAAGGCAGCCGAUUCCUGCGACUACCCUCGCAACGUCGCGUGCCCGAAAUCGAAGACGUCGUCGUCGACGACCAGAGCGCCGAUAACAGCCGCCACAAGCCGCACCACUUACCUAUACAGCACCACCACGCGUCGACCUUCCACCGCGAAACCGGAUCCGGAGGAAGAAUACGAGUAUUACGAGGACGAAGACGAGGAAGAAGAAGGGGAGGAAGAGGAAGAGAAAGAGGAAGCCAAGGUGACCUCCACUCCCAAAACGCUUUUGUACAAAACGAUCACCAGAAACAAGCCUAGCACUGCCAGUACUACUACUACUACUACUACUACAACAACAACAACAACAGAAGCGACUUUCACGACUUCGAAAUCGAUCGAUUCGGAGGACGAAGAGGAUCCAAAGGUUAUAAAGGAGCUGAUAACGCUGAUCAAGAAAGCAGGUGGUAUAGAGCAAUUGGAGAAACAGUUGUUGCUUCAAGACAAAAAUUCGAAUGAGAGUUUGGCCAACUCUGGCGGAGAGAGUGCUACGCCAGCUACUAUAAGUCGCACCUUGUACGAGCGCGUGUUGAAUCGUCAGGCUGGUAAAGUUACGAGCAGGCAGAGAUCUUCGGCCAAUACGAAUUUCGCGAAUGGGCCGGGGAGAGCGCAGUUCGAGGGAUUGGAAGAGGUGCCAGAGGUGAAGGGAUUGAGACGAUCGCAGAAACCGAAAUACGUGACCAUCGAGAGACCAAAGCACUCGACGAAGGAACCGCCGUUGGACGGGGAAGAGGUGGAGGAAGGGGAAGAGGAUCUGGACGGAGACAACACGGAUGUGGCUUCCUCCGAGGAGCAAACGAUUAACAAUCCUUUUCUAACCAGCUCGACGCAGAGGGUGACGCCUAAUUACAUCGAUAUAAGACGCGCUCGACCCUCGACAUCGAGGAAAGACGAGAACGACGUUGAGGAGAAAAACAAGGAUGGAGAAGAGGAGGCGCCAAUUCGACGCCGACGUCCAAGCAAUACCAAGACGAGCUCAACCGAAAAUGUUAGAGACGAGGAAUCUCGUUCAUCCGCGAGCGAAGAAAACUCGCAAACAACUAAAUCCAGAUACGUGAGCGUGCAAAGAUUCAGAAGCACGACUCCCCAAUCGACGGAGGCUGUUUCGGAGAUUGUUGCAUCGACCACGGAAUCGAUCGUUUCGAUCGAACCGUCGAAAAUCGGCGACGAGAAAAUGGAUACGACGACCAGCCCGUUAUUAACAAAUACCUUACCUUGGAUCGGUUCGUCCUCGACGCCCAACGACGACAUCCUCCCCGUUGAAACGGAGGCGGGAAGAACGGAAGAAGCUGAGACGGAGAGAGCGAUCCUCUCAACGACUUCGGAGUCGAGCUCGACCACCACCGACUCCGUGAAACUCGUGGAAGAUUCGGCGACGGAGAUCCUGUUGACCACGGCGCCAGCGAGCUUGUCCACGUUGUCGAUUCCGAAUACGAGGAUCAGCACCGCGUCGGUGUCUCAGCCGAGGCCGUUCGGCUUUAAUCGAAGAAACAGGCCGUCGUCGAGCGAGCCCACGACCACCACCACCACCACCACUCCAUUGCCACCGUCCAACGAUCAGACGAGGACCAAGGCGUCGCGAAACAACACGCGCUCGUCCCUUUUGGUAGGACGAGGUCGAUUAAGACCAAGGCAGGAGAAGCAUGGUCGAAACGUGGAAAGUUCCCACGACGACGAGGGCGAUGAAGGGGCGCCCGCUCGUACACGCGCGAGACCCUCGUCGAGGAUCAGGGGAGCGAGCAGAUACACACCGCCCACCUUCAAACUUAGAAACGAGAGCUCCACCUCUUCCGAUUCCACGCUCCAAGGAGAACGCGUUCGAGCCACGACGGAACCUCCUCUCAACACGGAGGGAGGUUCUUCUAGGAGAAGAUUUCGUCGGCCGGCCUCUAAAAUUAGCACUACCACAAUCACCACCACCACUACCGAGUCCACGAGAGCCAACGAGCUCGAGGACAGCCCCAUCGUGAGGAUCGUUCAAGCUUAUCCGAGAAGAAGCUUAUCCUCGAGAUCGAGGAACGCGGUUAAAGAGGACGGGGAUAUCGAGAAGAUUACCAAUAUAAAGAUAUUGAAAACGCCGAUCGGGCAGGUGAACAGGGACGUGUAUGCCAGAACGAGGUACACGAGGAAGAGAAAUAACGUUUCCACGCCUGACACAACGUCGUCUCCUCCCCCGUCCUUCCUCGAUCGUACCACGAACGACGCCGUAACCGUGUCACUGACCACGACGGAACGACCGAUCCUCAACUCCAUAGACGAAGUCGCGAUAGAAACGACGACCACAACGACGUCGAUAACAACGCAGGAAACCACAACCGAUCUCGAAACGAGCACAAUGGAACCACGUACCGUGGAAUCGACGAUGGAAAACGAGGUAAUCACCGAGGUGACGGACGAUCAUCGAACGGAAGGAUUGGAUGCGACGACGAUGGAAGACGAUGAAAUCGUUGACACGAACGUGAUAAAAAUCGCGAAUAAUAUCAGCGAGACGAUUAACGAGGAGAACACAAACGCCUUGCAUCCGAGGCGAAGGAAGGUUCUUCUCAGAAGACGACCCGUCACCACUACGCAAAUGUCCGUGGAACGAGAGAGUAGACCGCACACGCGAAGAAGAAAGGUGAUCAAACGUCUUCGCCCUGUUCAAAACGCGACAUCUGCGAUAGACGUGCCAUCUACCGAGCAAAUUUUAUUCGUCGGCCUCGUAUCCACCAUGACUCCGAAGGAGGAGGAGGAGGGGAUAAGUACGAUCACGGACGCGUCAACGGAAAAUUUGGCAACAGCGGUAACCGUUACGGAGACGAUCGAUAUAACCGACGACUUUGCAAUGACUUUGGAAACACCAACAACCGUUGAGAGCGUGCUCGGUGACGACACGAGCUCGUUCGAUUUCGAUCCUGUCACGAUGGCCUCCACGAUAAUCGAUAACGUUACAGCUAUAGCGAGCGAAUCGACGACGGAGGAAUCGACGGUGACGGAAACCGAUUCCGUGGAAUCAACUUCGUCCAACUUUUCGAACGAUAUUUUGGAUGAAAAAUUAUUGACCAAUGAAUUGCCGACUAUCGUUUCUUGGCCGAGUUCAACGGCUUCUAUCUCUCAAUCUAAUCGUAGAUUAGAGGCGUACAAUAGGACGUAUUAUUUAGACUCGAAAUACGUGAGAAGGAAAUUCGUGGGCAGGCGACCAGUUGUUCCUUCUUCCUCGGAAAAUUUUAACAGCAACGAUCGAAAUUCGAUCGUGGAGACUUCGAGCUAUUUGUCCACGAGUGAAAAAAAUAAAUUGGAAGGUGUUUCGAAACGUAGAAAGAGUUUGUUCGUUCGUCGUAGACCGGUUUCUUCAACAACUUCGAGAACGACGAUCGACGACGAGGAGAGAGAUCCGCGAUUCGAUACGGAAGAGGUUACUCUGAGAAACAACGAUGAAACUUCGUAUCCCACUACUCCGCCCAUCGAUCAGGAAUCGGAAGAAUUUUCGAAUCGCUACACCACUACCCCAUCGAUUAUCGAAAAACUCUCGUCCCCUCUGACGAGAAACGCGACACUCGAUGAGGAUACCUCUGAGGAUACCUCGAGGAUACUCGAGAACGAGGAUCGAACGCAUGAGCCGAUACCGUCUACUGGCGAUCGAUCGCCAGAGAUUCGUCCUCGAUACCGAGUUCCGGUGUUUAUCAAGAAAACGUUGAGCACCGAAAACGUUUACCCUCUGGAUUCGAACGAAUCCGAAGAAGCGAACAAUCCCAGAUCUAGGUAUCAAAAUUUUCGACAACCGAGAACGCGUUACAAGUAUAGAGAGAUAAGGAGGAAUCGAGAGAGCGAAGAAGAGUCGAUUCCGGAUGCCACGCAAUCGCCCAGCUACGAUUCCUCGACGCAAGUGAGAACGCGUUUCUACGCGAGACGCCCGACAGUUUCCACCACGGAGACACCCGUCACCGAGACCCUGAUCCCAGCGAAAAAGUUUGACUAUGCGGCGGAUGCUCACAGGAGGCAGCAACAAUCGUUGCGAACGACCACUUCUCGAACGACCAAUCGGAACGAAGACUCGACCACUUUGACGAACUCGAACGAAGAACGAGCAGAGAUAGGAAACUUGGUAGUCGAAGAGGAUUAUACGACCACGCCUUCUCCCCAACCGCUGAUAACGAGACUUGUCACGUCCGUGGAGGAAUCGGGCACCACGGAAAGGCAAAAGAUUCUGAUUAAAACCAAGUAUUCCUCGCUUACUUCGACCACAAAAAUUCCUCUUCAGGCUACGGUCGUUCCAUUGGAAUAUUCAGUCGUUACGUCAUCCUCGAUCCCCGGGAUAACGUUGGAAAAAUCCGAUGAGGACGAAUCGAUGAAUGAAAUUCGACAAAGUCACUUGGAAAGAUCCACCUUGCCCAUAGAGAGCGAAUUCCUUUAUCCGUCACGAUUCACCACCGAGUCUCACGAAUCGUCCACGAUCGAGAUCGAAUCGGUGUUCAGCAAUUUGAUCGGAAACAGGGACUCCGCCAAGUGAUAUCGCAUCUUAUCACCAUUCGUCAU